AUGGCGAGACAUAGGUCAUCCACGUCGCGGUGGACUACUGGCAACAACAAUCCUCAGGCCGACGGCUCACCAGCAGAGGCGUCAGAUGCUGCCACGAGACCUGCCAAUGCCAGGACCAAUAACAAGACCACCUCGGGCACAAAAGGAGAGACAACUGAAGGGGAGACGAAGCAACACUCACCCACUAUUCGUUUCUUCCCUCACCAGGAAGUCAGGAAUGGAAGGCCAUCACUGAAUUUCUCGCCGAUCACGCGGACCUUACCCAGCGAACAUUCCAUAAUAAGAGUCGGUCGGUAUAGUGAACGAGAGGGGAUUCCGUCGGCCAAUCCGACAGGCCCCUCUGACGCUCCUGUUGGCUUCAAGUCCAAGGUCGUUAGUCGAAAACAUUGCGAGUUCAGUUUUGUCGAUGGUCAAUGGCAGAUCAAAGAUGUUGCUUCUUCUUCUGGUACUUUCCUGAAUCACAUCAGGCUGAGUCAACCCAAUACCGAGUCGAGACUGUUUCCGAUCAAGGAUGGCGAUAUCGUCCAACUGGGCAUUGACUUCCGUGGCGGAGAGGAAAUGAUCUUUCGCUGUGUCAAAAUUCGGAUUGAGUGCAACCGGGCCUGGCAAAAGAAACCAAACAAUUUCAACAAAAGCAGGCAUCAACAAUUGCAGAGUCUCGCGAAAGACCAACCCUCUGCAGAUACCAACAGUGGUGAAUGUUCGAUUUGUCUGGGUUCCGUCCUGCCCUGCCAAGCACUGUUUGUGGCCCCUUGCGCUCACGUCUGGCAUUACAAAUGCAUUCGACCCUUACUCGAAGGCAAAAACAGCGUCUAUCCCCAAUUCCAAUGUCCAAAUUGCCGGGCGUAUUCAGAUCUGACCGCCGAGGUCGACCUUGCUCAAUCCGACAUAGACGAAUGGAUGGAGAAUACUGAUGACCCGGAGAACGUAACCGCCGAGGCCGGUGUUGACGCUGCGGUUGAUGCAAAUCAUGCCCCAGAUGCACAUAUCAAUGGCCAAGUAACAGGCGAACCAGACUCCGCGAAUCCUACCCUGCCAACUACGACCGUCAAUGACGAAGACACUCAAAUGGAAUUAGGGUCUGAGAACCCCCACGUCGCGAUAUCUCAGUCCGAAUCCGCUGACGAAAAUCCCUCCCUGGCCACGCCCAAUGCGUCGGGGCUUUUGGCCCGCCGGCAAGCUACAAAUCCGCGUUCGUCCGAGCUGUCCAUGAGCGGCAAUAUUGACAUGCCUAAUCAAGGUAUUGAGAAUGAGAUGCAGGCUCAGCUCGAACAGCAACGAACCAACACACAAACGCCGGAUCCCGACCAAGUCGUUGUUGCCGAGGGUCCCCUAACACCCAGGAAUAACGCAGGACCCUUUGUUUUUGACGGUAGUGCAGGGAGGUCCGAUGCGAGGCAGCUGAUGGUACCUGGGAUGGCGGAUGUUGUUGAUAGCAACCGUUCGUCAUGA